UCAAUGUCAGCUGACAAAUGACACAUAACCUUUGUUGUUUUUUCUAUUAUUAAACAAAUCAUUCUUUUGUUAUUAAAACUAAUAAUAUAUAAUUAUUGUUGUCAUCAGUUUUAUAUUAAUAAUAAAAUAUAAAAAAUGCACGGUCGUGUCAAAGUACGAACAACUGCUGAACAAGAAGCAAUUAAAAAAAUUGAAAGAGCAAAAAAAGUUGUACUUUAUAAAGCUGCAUUGAAUAUUGUUUUUCAAAAGAGAAAUGAUAAAAUUUUUGAUGAUGAAUUAUUCAUGACAAGUGAACAAAUGCUUUUGCAAAAUCCAGAUAUUGCAACUGUUUGGAAUAUUCGUAGGGAAGCAAUAAUCAGCAAUGAUUGGAAAGAUGAAGAAUUUACUAAAAAAAUGGCUGAUGAAUUGUAUUUAACUGAAAGAUGUUUACGUGAAAAUCCAAAGUCUUACAGUGCUUGGCAUCAUCGUUGUUGGAUAAUGGAUAAAUUGCCUGAAUCUGAUUGGAAAAAUGAAUUAUUAUUUUGUGGAAAAUGUCUAGAUUUAGACGAACGAAAUUUUCAUUGCUGGGAUUACAGACGAUAUUUGGUUGAAAAAACUUGUAUUCCUGAUGCUGAAGAGCUGGAAUUUUCAACAACAAAAAUAUAUAAAAAUUUUUCAAACUAUUCAUCAUGGCAUUAUCGAAGUAAAAUAUUAUCGAAAAUGUGUCCUGAUAAAAGUGGUGAUUUACCAAUUGAUUCAGAAACACACAAAGAAGAACUUGAUUUAGUAAUGAAUGCAAUAUUUACUGAUCCAAAUGAUUCAAGUGCAUUUUUCUAUCAACGUUGGCUUCUUGAUUAUUCGAAAUCUCAAUCAAAUAAACUUUGGCGUGCUAAAAUAACAAAUAAAAAAGCCAUUAUAAUAUUUCAUGAUGAUACAUCAAUUGACGACAACAAGCCAUUAAUUAUAAGCAAUGACAUUGAAAUACCAGCAACAUGGUACACCAAUAACAAUAAAAAAUAUUCAAAAUUAUGGAUUGCAAAAUUUGAAAAUGAACAAAAUGAAUUUGAUAAAUUAAUUAUAAAAAUUAAUAAUGAUACAUUUGAGCUUGAACCAACAAAUAACAGCUGGUAUUAUUAUUCUAAAUAUUCAUUAGUUGAUAAACACAACAAGGAACAAUUAAAAGAACAAAUGGAUAGUUAUCAAGAAUUAACUAAAAUGGAACCAAACAACAAGUGGGCUGUAUUAACUGGUAUAUUUAUCAUGAAAAAUUAUGAUUUUAUUGAGUAUCAUGAUAAAAUAUUGGAGGAUUUAAGUGCCUUAAUUAAAAUUGAUAAACUACGUUCAAAUUAUUAUCUAGAUAUUCGCAGCAAAUGUAUCAUGGAUUACAAACUUCAUACAAUUUGGCAGGAUGAAAAGAUAGAUAAAUUAAAUGAUACUAUUGAUUUAUCAAAUCUCAACAUGACAAUUAUUUAUAAUGAACAUUAUUUGAGUCUUUUUGAAGAUGUUAAUCUAUCUGGUAAUGAUCUUGGUAAUUCAUUACAUCGUCUUGAGACACUUGAAGAGUGUAAAAAAUUAUCACUAUCAAAUAAUAAUUUAAAAAGCAUUAAAAAAUUACAAAAAUUAAAUAACAUUGAGGUUAUAUUAUUGAAUGAUAAUCAAUUAACUAAUCAAGAUGAAUUAAUUACAUUAAUUAAUAAUAAUAAAAAUAUUAUUAAAAUUGAUUUACGUGGAAAUCCAAUUUGUAAUGAUGAUAAAAUUGUCGAAAAUUUAAUUGAAUCAUUUCGAAAUAUAGAAAUUCUGGUUUAAUUUAUAAAUAAAAUUCAUUAAAUUAAUAAAAAUUAUUUAUAAUAUUUGCUAUUAUUGUUGUUUAAUUUAUUGAUGAUUUUUUUAUUAUUAUUAUUACUAGUAGAAAAGUGGUGCGCAAUUUUUUUGUUAUUUUUAUUUUCAUGUGACGAAGCAGUAUGUUGAGAACCUCUAAUAU